GAAGCAGGCGGGGAGGAGUCCGGUCCCGGACAGGUCGGAGCCGUGGUUGGGCUGCCCGCGCUCUUGGGGGUCCCCCUCCUCGUCGGACCCCAUGGAGUUGGUGACGUUCAAGGAGGUGGCUGUGCACUUCACCAAGAAGGAGUGGGGCCUUUUGGACCCUCAUCAGAAGGAGCUGUACAAGGAGGUCAUGCUGGAGAAUGCCCGGAACUUGCUCUCCCUGGGACUUCCAGUUCCCAAAGAAGAUGCCAUCUCUUAUUUUGAGCAAAAGAAUAUACCAUGGAUGCUGGAUCAAGAAGGCCUGAGGAGCAGCUGUCCAGAAAAAGAGAUCAGACUUGAAAUGAAAAAGACUACUGCAGAGCUAAGCCUUUCUGUGGAAGAAACUCACAAGCAAAGAUCAGUGAGUGAUGGUUCCUGUGACUUCACUUGCAGAGAAACCUAUACUGUACAACAGAGAAUCCACACUGGUGAGAAGCUUUAUGAAUGUGAUCAAUGCAGAAAGACAUUCACAAAGAACUCCAGUCUUGUUCAACAUCAGAGAAUUCACACUGGAGAGAAACCUUAUCAGUGUAAUCAAUGUGGAAAAGUUUUCAGGUAUAGUUUCCAUUUGACUCCACAUCAGAGAAUCCACACUGGAGAGAAACCUUAUGAAUGUAAUCAAUGUAGAAAGGUUUUCAGGUAUAGCUCCCACCUUACUUUACAUGAGAGAAUCCACACUGGAGAGAAACCUUAUGAAUGUAAUCAGUGUGGAAAGGCAUUCAUACAGAGAUCUCAUCUUGCUCAACACCAGUAUGUCCAUACUGGAGAGAAACCUUAUGCAUGUGAUCAAUGUGGAAAAGCUUACCUACAGAAAAACAGUUUUGUUGAACAUCUGAGAAUCCACACUGGAGAGAAACCUUAUGAAUGUAAUCAAUGUGGAGAAACUUUCAGAUGUAGGAGGAGUUUUGCUGUACAUCAGAGGAUCCACACUGGAGAGAAACCUUAUGAAUGUAAUCAGUGUGGAAAGGCAUUCACACUGCCCUCCGGUCUUGCUUAUCAUCAGACAAUCCAUACUGGAGAGAAACCUUAUGAAUGUAAUCAAUGUGGAAAAACUUUUGUAAAGAGAAACAAGCUUGCCGAACAUGAGAGAAUCCACACUGAAGAGAAACCUUAUAAAUGCAAUCAAUGUGGAAAGACUUUCCGAUGGAAGAAGAGCAUUGCUGAACAUGAGAGAAUCCACACUGGAGAGAAACUUUAUGAAUGUAAUCAGUGUGGGAAAACUUUCAUAUGUAGGAAGAGUAUUAUUGUACAUCAGAGGAUCCACACAGGAGAGAAACCUUAUAAAUGUAAUCAGUGUGGAAAGGCAUUCACACUGCCCUCCAGUCUUGCUUAUCAUCAGACAAUCCAUACUGGAGAGAAACCUUAUGAAUGUAAUCUGUGUUUAAAAUCCUUCGCACUUAAAAGCAAACUUGCUGAACAUCAGAGAAUCCACACAGGAGAGAAACCUUAUGAAUGUAAUCAAUGUGGAAAAGCAUUCACACGGUGCUCUGGUCUUGCUAAUCACCGGUUAAUCCAUAGUGGAGAGAAACCUUAUGAGUGUAAUCUGUGUUUAAAAACCUUCUCAAGGAAAGGCAACCUUGAUGCACAUCAGAGGAUCCACACUGCAGAGAAAUCUUAUGAAUGUAUUCAAUGUGGAAAAACUUUCCUAAAGAAAAACAAACUUACUGAACAUCAGAGAAUCCAUGCUGGAGAGAAGGCUCAUGUGUGUAAUCAGUGUGCAAAGACAUUCACAAAGCACUACCAUCUAGUUCGACAUCAGAAAAUCCACACCAGAGAGAAAUCUUAUAAAUGUAAUUAAGGUGGAAAAGUUUUCAGGUACAGCACCAAUCUUGCUGAACAUCAGGGAAUCCACACUGGAGAGGAACCUUAUGAAUGUAAUCCAUGUGGAAAGACUUUCAGAUGUAGGAAGAGCAUCAUUGAACAUCAGAGAAUACACACUGGAGAGAAGCCUUAUGAAUAUAAUCAGUAUGGAAAGCUUUUCAUAUUCAGCUCCAAUCUGGCUCAACACCAGAGAAUCUACAAUGGUGAGAAACUUUAUGAAGGUUUUCAACGUGGAAGGACAUUCACACAGAGUUUCAAUCUUGUUCAAAAUGAGAGAAUCCACAAUGAAGAGAAAACUUAUGCAUAAAAUCAAUGUGGAAAAGCUUUCCUACAGAAAAACAGACUUGCUGGACAUCAGAGAAUCCACACUAGAGAGAAAACUUAUGGAUGUAAUCAAUGUGGAAAGGUUUUUACACAGAAAACCAGUCUUAUUAUAUAGAAAUGAAUCUACACUGUAGAGAAACCUUUUGAAUAUAAUCAAUAUGGAAAGUCUUUUACACAGAGCUCCCAUCUUCUUAGACAUAAGAGAAUCCACACUGGAGAGAAACCUUAUGAAUGAAAUCAGUGUGGUAAAGCCUUCCAGCAAAAGUUAGUCCUUUUAUCUUUUUUAUCAGAGAAUUCAUACUAUGUAGGAAUCUUAUUACUAACAUGAAGAGGGAGGUGGCAGCUUAGUGGCACCAGGCCUGAAUUCAGGAGGACCUGAAUUCAAAUCUGACCUCAGAUACUUGAUACUUACUAGCUGAGUGACCCUGGGCAAGUCACUUAACCUUCAUUGCCCCAUCCCCCCAAAAACCACCAACAACAAUAAUAACAAAAAACAUGAAUGAGGAAUGGCAUUGAAGUGGAAUACAGAACAUCUUAGCAGAGCAUUCUCUCUGGGUACAAGCUGUAUAUAGCCUCAGUGUGGGAAGGUCUUCAACCAGUGAUCAUCUCUUACUUGACAUCAGAGGAUUAAUCCUGGAAAGAAGCCUUAUGAAUCUGUUCAAGAGGCCGUGCCUUUCUCUAGGUCACUGGUGAAGGGUUAUAUUUUGUUUCUGAAUAUAACAGAAUAGUCAAAUGAGGGGAAAUAAUUUAUGCCAACCCAUUAGGGUGCAAAACAGCAAAUGGAGUCAAUAGAGUUGUUCAUACCUUAAAGGUUUGUAUAAAAGGAGACAUCUAGAUGUUCUUUUAAAAAAAUGUCUUCAGAAUAAGUAAAAGGAUUUGUGUCAGUAUUAUGUCAACUGGGGAGCAAUGUUUGAUUAAAGGAAGAAAACAGUUGUUUGAUGGCAUGAAAAUUGGAGCAAUUGAAGGAAAUUUUAUGGUCCCCUGCAGGCUACCUAUACAUAUGUAUUCAGCCUACAUUCAGGCUAUUGCAUGUGACAAUCAAGAAACUUAUUAGUUUGAAGUAAUUUCUGCUUCCUGAUUUUUGUGACUCAACAUUCAUGGUCAUGAGUUGGUGAUUGGAGGUUUUUAUGACCCCAUCUUUUGGCUAGGAUUAAUAAAACCCUGGUGCGCACACUCGCUGGGGCUCAGGCGCCAUGCCUUUGCACCAGCGCGGUGCUCUGCUCGCUGGCUGUAGCCGUUGCCAUGGUGCUGGCAGCUCACAUCAUCACCACUUGACGACGCCUACAUGGGCCUGGCAAAAUUAUAAUGACUGGAAGCCCAGUGAGAGCAGUCAUGUGACUGUCAAUCAGGGCUGCCAGCCAAUUAGCUUGGGGUUGUGUGUGGACAGGCCGGGGUUUGCUGGGAAGGAGAAGGGAGGAGAUUCUCUAUUCUGGCAUUUGAGCUGGAAAGAGAUGGGACGCAGCUAUGUGCUCUGCUGAGCCCCAGGCGGUGGUGUGAUAGCAGGUAGUAUAAUUUUCCUUUCCCCAUUCUUUUUUUCCCUUUUCCUUAAUUCUACUAAUCUUACUUGUGUUUUUAAGUCCGUUCUUGUUAAUAAACCCUGUUCUGUUUUUCAAAGAGGCUGUUAAUCUCCUUCCUUGCCCCAAUAUUGUGGCGAGCCGCCUAACUAACACUCCCCAAUUAACAUUUGGCCCCUAUGGGAGUAAGGGAUUUCCCUGAUGGACUUGAGGCAGAGGAGAAUCAUGUGAAAAAGUAGCUGCUACUAAGCAAGUAAGAGGCCCUGUGAUUUCUAUCUAAAAAGUCUUCCAUGGAAUCAGUGAAAAAAAAAAAAAGCUAAAGAAGGUGGUCUAGCUGUACUAGACUUCAAACUAUUAUAAAAUGGGAAUUAUCAAAACUAUCUGCUACUGGCUAAGAAAUAGAGUGUUGGAUCAUUGGAAUAGAUUAGGUACAAAUUACAUUUUAGUAAAUGACCAUGGUAAUUGUGAGAACCAGGGGCUCCCGCCCCGUGCUGAGAAAGAAUUCUACCUAAGAUCAAAUUGGCAUCCUGAUGUUGCCUAGCAGUUCAUGGACUGCCUUUAAGUUAUGUCAAUCAAUGGACUUGAAUGCUACCAGCCAAUUAGCUUGGAGCUGGGACUGCCCUGCUUCCUGUUC